AAUGAGAGGAGCCGUGGCCAUUGGGCCGCCGCCGGGUUUGGCGCUCUGUUGUCCGGAGCGGAGGGCCGGGAGGCGAGCGAGGCGAGCGGCCAGGGGGAGCCGGCGCGCGGGCGCCAUCCCGGGACGGAGCGCGGUGGGGCGGGAGGCGCGGCGGUGGCCUCCGGGGAAGGGGGGGUAGUCAUGGGUCAAACCGGAAAGAAAUCUGAGAAGGGGCCAAUUUGCUGGAGAAGGCGAGUAAAAUCAGAAUAUAUGCGACUUAGGCAGCUCAAGAGAUUCAGACGGGCAGAUGAAGUGAAGAGCAUGUUUAAUUCUAAUCGUCAGAAGAUACAAGAGAGGACAGAAAUCUUAAAUCAGGAAUGGAAACAACGACGGAUACAACCUGUACACAUCAUGACUUCUUGCUCUGUCACCAGCGACUUAGAUUUUCCGAAACAAGUCAUCCCUCUGAAAACCCUGAAUGCUGUCGCCUCAGUGCCCAUAAUGUACUCUUGGUCUCCCCUACAGCAAAAUUUUAUGGUAGAAGAUGAGACAGUUUUGCACAACAUUCCUUAUAUGGGAGAUGAAGUGCUCGACCAGGAUGGAACGUUUAUUGAGGAACUAAUCAAGAAUUACGAUGGGAAGGUUCAUGGGGAUAGGGAAUGUGGAUUUAUCAAUGAUGAGAUAUUUGUGGAGCUGGUCAAUGCCCUUGGCCAGUAUAGUGAUGAUGAUGAUGAUGACGAUGAUGAUGAUGAUGAAGAUGAUGAUGAUGACGACGACGACGAUAAUCUCGAUGGAAGAAACGAUAAGCAGAAAAAUCAGGAAACCAGCAGGCUAGACAAAGAGAGCCAUCCUCCUCGUAAAUUUCCUUCUGACAAGAUAUUUGAAGCCAUUUCAUCAAUGUUUCCAGAUAAGGGUACAUCAGAGGAACUGAAAGAAAAGUACAAAGAACUUACAGAGCAGCAGCUUCCAGGGGCUCUUCCUCCCGAGUGCACACCAAAUAUAGAUGGACCAAAUGCCAAAUCUGUUCAAAGGGAGCAAAGUCUGCACUCCUUUCAUACUCUCUUCUGCAGACGCUGUUUCAAAUACGAUUGCUUUUUACAUCCAUUCCACGCAACUCCUAACACUUAUAAAAGAAAAAAUACAGAGACUGCAUUAGAUAAUAAACCGUGUGGACCACACUGUUACCAGCAUUUGGAAGGAGCCAAAGAAUUUGCUGCUGCUCUGACCGCUGAGCGAAUAAAGACGCCACCAAAUUAAAAUCCACCGGGUCGCACUGGAAGGCUCUCAACACAGGCCUGUAGGCCUAGCACCCCAACGAUAAACGUGCUGGAAUCUAAGGACACAGACAGUGACCGAGAAGCUGGGACUGAAACUGGAGGAGAAAACAAUGAUAAAGAGGAGGAAGAGAAGAAAGACGAGACGUCAAGCUCCUCAGAAGCAAAUUCUAGAUGUCAGACACCAAUCAAGAUGAAGCCAAAUAUUGAGCCUCCAGAAAAUGUUGAGUGGAGCGGGGCAGAAGCAUCCAUGUUCAGAGUUCUCAUUGGUACCUAUUAUGACAAUUUCUGUGCAAUUGCCAAGUUAAUUGGGACCAAAACAUGUAGGCAGGUGUACGAGUUUAGAGUCAAGGAAUCUAGUAUCAUUGCUCCUGUGCCCGCUGAAGAUGUCGAUACUCCUCCCAGAAAGAAGAAGAGGAAACACAGAUUGUGGGCGGCUCACUGCAGAAAGAUACAGCUGAAAAAAGGUCAGCAUUUUUUUGUCUGCAGGUGCCUAGCACAAUGCAACACUAAGCAGUGUCCCUGCGCUACCCGGGUCGCACGCGUGAUCCCUGAUCUCUGCCAGCUUUGACGUGGAGCGGCUGAUCAUUGGGACAGCAAAAACGUCUCUUGCAAGAAUUGCAGUAUUCAGCGAGGAUCUAAAAAGCAUUUGCUGCUAGCACCUUCUGAUGUGGCAGGUUGGGGGAUUUUCAUUAAGGAUCCAGUACAGAAAAACGAAUUCAUCUCUGAGUAUUGUGGCGAGAUUAUUUCACAGGAUGAAGCAGACAGAAGAGGGAAAGUGUAUGACAAAUACAUGUGCAGCUUUCUGUUCAACUUGAACAACGAUUUUGUAGUUGAUGCAACGCGGAAGGGUAACAAAAUAAGAUUUGCAAACCAUUCAGUCAAUCCCAACUGCUAUGCAAAAGUUAUGAUGGUUAAUGGAGAUCACAGAAUAGGCAUAUUUGCUAAGAGAGCCAUUCAGACUGGUGAAGAACUGUUUUUUGACUAUAGAUACAGCCAGGCCGAUGCCCUCAAGUAUGUAGGCAUUGAAAGAGAAAUGGAAAUCCCUUGAUAUCAACUACCUCUUCUAUCAAACAGCUGCCUUAUCUUCAGGAGUUUCUAGUACUGUGGGCAAUUUUUUAAACAUUGAAUUGAUGCAAUUUGGAAUGCUGAAUUUGCGGAGUACUGUACCUGUGUAAUUUAUGACAAAUUUUUAAACAGUUAAUUUUUAUUGCCUUCUCACCAGCUGCAACAUGUUUUGUACCAUUGAACUUUUGCAAUAAUGCAGUGUGGUACAUUUUUCAACCUUGAAUAAAGGAUACUUGAACUUUGA